CAUGUAUUUUAGAAAGCAAACGAGCCAGAAUGGUAGCAAAACUUUUAACUUAUUUUGUAACCAACGCCAAAAUGACAAGCAUUAUGCCAAGAUGUUUCAUUUACCAAGACCCGACCAUUGGUUUACCGGACCUUCCACUCCCUACAGUUUAAACAUCACCCUUCUUGAGGGCUACGCGUACGGUAAACGGCGGCCCGACGGCACUUACACGGGUAUGGUGGGCGAACUCCAGGCUGGACGGGCUGACAUGACCGUCAGUGAAGUGUCAUUUACCAAUGAGCGAGAACAGGUCAUCGACUACACUCAAACCGUGUCCGUAAUCAGUCGGCGUGUGUACGUGCACAUCCCGACUGUGCUGGACAGCUGGUUGGCCCGCUACUCGCGUGGCAUCAGCGCCGGCAUGGUCGCCCUCUCGCUGGCCGCUGUCGUCCUCCUGGCGCUCACACAUCGGUUCUGCGAGAGGAUCCUGGCGCGUGCUCAGGAGGACGGUCGUCGAGAGGUCUUGAAGGAUACUGAUGACGGCAGGAUGUUCCUCGAGGUUGCAGAAGGAGAAGCGGGUCUGGCUGACACGCUCUGGAUCAUGCUAGGACUGAUGCUGCAACAAGGCGCAGAUGACUCUCCCAGCGGGCUAUCAUCGCGAGUGGCGUUCCUCAGCUGUCUUCUCCUCGGUCUCCUGCUAACCACUGCCUAUUCAGCCACUCUCAUCUCGUUCCUGAGCUCCUCGGGCAGCCCGCGGCCGCCGUUUGCCGACCUGCAGGGCCUCACCAAGAUGCCCGACUGGAGCGCCGGCUGGAAGGAGGGCGAGCUGAUUGAGAACGUGCUGGAUUGGUGUGCCCUGAGGGACAACCCCAUGCCCGAUUGUCACACACUGACAGCCGUCUGGAAUGGUCACGUUCUGCCCGACAAGAGAAACAACCUGGUGCAGAGCUACGAGGAGGGAUUCAAAAAGGUGGCGCGCGGCAACUACGCUUUUAUCGCUCCCAAUGAGGCGGCCGACUAUCAGCUAUCCAAGAUGGCGCCCGAGAUAGCGUGUCGUGUCCACAAACUGGAGGUAGAAUACGCCCCCGGCGGUAUCGCGCUCGGCCUACAAAACAACUCUCCGUACAAGGAGCUCUUCGACCAGAGUCUGCAGCGUCUGGACGAGGCAGGAGUCACGGAGAAGCUCUACCGCUCCAUCCUUCGCCAGCGGGAGGUCUGCAGCCCCCAGCUGGCCUCAGCCGCCACCCUGCUCCAGACCCUGGGUGCCUUCCUGCUGCUGCUAGCAGGGAUGGUGUCCAGCGGGCUGAUGCUACUAGCAGAGCGACUGCACAGCCGGGCAAAACGACGGAGGGAUGCUGAUAGAAAUCACAAGCUACAGAUCGCAAACCCCAGCAUCAGGCGCAUACCACGGACAAUUCAUCUGCAAAUCAAGACGUGGUAUUGAAGAAUAGCCGCUCUAGAAGCUAAUGCACCGAACAUUUCACUUACCAUGUACGUACAUCCAUUCGACACAAUAUCACUAUAAGUUUAAUACCAGAGGUUAUCAUGAAGC